GCGGUUGUGUGCUGCAGUUGAGGGAGGCGAACGUUCAAACCGGCUUCUGAGCGCAAGGGUGGGGGGCAUCGAAAGGAGCUGGCGAGCGGGACAGGUGCGGGAGGGGUGAGUGGAGGGACUCUCGCGCCUGUUGCUAUGGCGACCAGCAGCACCCCGGAGUUCUACUUAGCGCUGUGCGCGCGGCCCGUGCAGUUCGAGAAGGCGAGCCCCGUCAACUGCGUCUUCUUCGACGAGGCCAAUAAGCAGGUUUUUGCUGUUCGAUCUGGCGGAGCUACUGGGGUAGUUGUUAAAGGCCUGGAAGAUCGCAAUCCCAUCUCAUUCAGAAUGGAAGACAAAGGGGAAGUGAAAUGCAUCAAGUUUUCUUUGGGGAACAAGAUAUUGGCUGUCCAGAGAACAUCAAAGAAUGUGGACUUUCUAAACUUCAUUCCAGACAGCCCACAACUAGAAUAUACUCAGGAAUGCAAGACCAAGAAUGCCAACAUUUUAGGAUUCUGCUGGACAGGCUCUGCAGAAAUUGUCUUCAUAACUGAUCAAGGAAUUGAAUUUUACCAGGUACUACCAGAGAAACGGACUUUAAAACUUUUGAAGAGUCAGAAUAUCAAUGUAAACUGGUAUAUGUACUGUCCUGAGAGUGCUGUCAUUCUUUUGUCAACUACAGUUCUUGGAAAUGUUCUGCAGCCAUUCUAUUUCAAGAGUGGAGGCAUGUCCAAGUUAUCCAAGUUUGAAAUUGAAUUACCUGCAGCCCCAAAGUCAUCCAAGCUAAGCCUCUCUGAAAGGGAUAUUGCUAUGGCUACUAUAUAUGGACAGCUUUAUGUUCUUUACCUAAGACAUCAUUCAAGGUCAUCAAACAGUACAGGAGCUGAAGUGGUCCUUUAUCAUUUACCAAGGGAAGGCUCCUGUAAGAAACUUCACAUAUUGAAGUUGUACAGAACUGGCAAAUUUGCACUGAAUGUUGUGGAUAACUUGGUGGUAGUUCAUCAUCAGGAUACUGAGACUUCUAUUCUAUUUGAUAUUAAACUAAAAGGAGAAUUUGAUGGCACAAUUACCCUUCAUCAGCUUGUUCUUCCAGCAAGAUCCAUACAACCCUAUCAGAUUGCUGUGCCAGGUCCAGCUUCUGUAACCAAUCAGUUUCCUGUUCCAUGUAAGCUCUAUUCCUCAUCCUGGAUUGUCUUUCAGCCUGAUAUUAUCAUCAGCGCAAGUGAAGGCUAUCUCUGGAAUCUGCAGGUGAAACUUGAACCUAUAGUAAAUCUCUUGCCAGACAAAGGGAAGCUAAUGGAUUUUCUUCUGCAGAGAAAAGACUGCAAGAUGGUCAUUCUCUCUGUAUGUUCUCAAAUGUUAAGUGAACCAGAUAGAGGAUCACUAAGUGUGAUUGCCACUGUUUUUGACAAACUCAAUCAUGAAUAUAAAAAAUACCUGGAAGCAGAGCAGACCUAUAAUAUGGCAUUAGAAACUGGCCAGAGCAGAAGCAAUCCACCCCCUAAACGACCAGUCCGUACCCAAGCAGUUAUUGACCAGUCAGACAUGUACACUCACGUUUUAUCUGUCUUUACAGAAAAAAAGGAAGCACCUCACAAGUUCACUAUAGCUGUCUUAAUGGAGUAUAUUCGCUCACUCAACCAAGUUCAAAUAGCUGUUCAGCACUAUCUAUAUGAGCUGGUUAUCAAAACCCUGGUUCAGCAGAACUUAUUCUAUAUGCUUCAUCAGUUCUUGCAGUAUCACGUACUCAGCGAUUCAAAGCCUUUGGCCUGCUUGUUAUUGUCUCUGGAGAGUAUUUACCCUCCCGCACACCAGCUGUCACUGGAUAUGUUAAAGAGACUUUCUACAGCAAAUGAUGAAAUAGUGGAAGUUUUGUUAUCCAAGCAUCAGGUACUAGCUGCCUUGAGAUUCAUCAGGGGCAUUGGAGGACAUGAUAACAUUUCUGCUCGUAAGUUCCUUGAUGCAGCAAAGCAGACAGAAGAUAAGAUGCUCUUCUAUACCAUAUUCAGAUUCUUUGAGCAGAGAAAUCAGCGAUUGCGUGGAAACCCUAGCUUCACUCCAGGUGAACACUGUGAAGAGCAUGUCAUAUUUUUUAAACAGGUUUUUGGAGACCAAUCAUUAAUGAAGCCUACCACUUUCUGAAGUAGUAAAGCAGUUGCAAUACAAAAUGUAUAAACUUAAUUUAUUGCAUUUAUG